CUCCAGGGAACUGCACAAAAUUAACCGAAAUGGAUUUCUACUACUCACCUCGUGGAGCCGGAUGCCGCACCGUAAUUAUGGUUGCGAAAGCUCUUGGCCUUGAGCUGAACAAGAAGUUGGUCAACACCAUGGAGGGCGAGCAGCUGAAGCCAGAGUUCGUGAAGCUCAAUCCCCAGCACACCAUUCCCACUUUGGUGGACGAUGGAUUCGCCAUCUGGGAGUCCCGUGCCAUCGCCGUCUAUUUGGUGGAGAAGUACGGCAAGGACGACUCCCUCUUCCCCAAGGAUCCCCAGAAGCAGGCGAUGGUCAACCAGCGACUGCAAUUCGACUUGGCAACUCUGUAUGAAAGUUUUGGCAAAUACUACUACCCUCUUUUCCGAACUGGAAAACCAGGCACUGAGGAGGACUUCAAGAAAAUCGAAUCCGCCUUCGAGCUUCUGAACACAUUCCUGGAGGGCCAUGACUACGUGGCCGGUGACCAGCUCACCGUGGCCGACAUUUCCAUUCUGGCCACCGUUUCCACAUUCGUGAUCAUUGGAUUCGACAUCAGCAAGUACCCGAAUGUGGAGAGGUGGUACGCCAAUGCCCAGAAGGUGACUCCCGGAUGGGACGAGAACUGGAGUGGCCUUCUCCAGCUGAAGUGUUGCUCACACAGCAAGGCCAAAAUGCCCAACUUGGAUCUCUACAACAUGCCGAUGGCUCCGGCCAGCCGUGCGAUUCAGAUGAUCGCCAAGGCAGUUGGCGUUGAGUUGAACUCCAAGUUGAUAAACACAUUGGAGGGCGAACAACUGAAGCCGGAGUUCGUUAAGAUCAACCCACAGCACACCAUUCCCACAUUGGUGGACAAUGGAUUCGCCAUCUGGGAGUCACGCGCCAUUGCCGUUUACUUGGUGGAGAAAUAUGGCAAGCCCGAUUCCGCUCUAUACCCCAAGGAUCCCCAGAAGAGGGCUCUGAUCAACCAGCGCCUGUACUUCGACAUGGGCACCCUGUACGAUGCACUGACUAAGUACUUCUUCCCCUACUUCCGCACUGGUCAACUGGGAGAUCAGGAGGCUCUGGACAAGGUUCAUGCCGCCUUUGGAUUCCUCAACACUUUCCUGGAGGGACAGGAGUUCGUGGCUGGUGAUCAGCUCACAGUGGCGGACAUCGUCAUCCUGGCCACCGUCUCCACCGUCUCUCUCUUCCCAUUUGACUGGUCGAAGUUCCCAAAUGUGGACAGGUGGUACAAGAAUGCUCCAAAGGUCGCUCCCGGCUGGGAAGAGAACUUGGAGAGUCUGAACCAGGCGAAGAAGUUCUGGGAGGAAAGGUUGGCAGAAGUAAAGAAGUAAAUAGGGAAACUACUUUAAACAAUAAAUAAAAACCAUGAUAAUAAUAAAAU